CCCGGCGUGCCCCGGGGUCCCCGCGGGGCAGGACGGGAAGGGGCUGGCACACGGAGCCCAGGGCGGCGGAGCGGGACCGGCGCGAUGUGGUACGAGAUCCUGCCUGGCAUGGCCAUCAUGGGCGUCUGCCUCAGCAUCCCCGGCCUUUCCACCGUCUUCAUGCACCGCUGGAGCAACGGCGGCAAGGAGAAGAGGAUCGCCCGCUAUCCCUACCAGUGGACCCUGAUGGAAAGAGACAGGCGGGUGUCGGGUGUCAACAAGUACUACGUCUCCAAGGGUCUGGAGAACAUCGACUAAGGUAGCAGCACUUCGAAGAAUCCACACACCUAUAUAAAAUGAUUUAGCUCUUGAAUAAAGAUCUAUGCGUAUUCA